UUUUUUUUUUCGGGGAAUCAAGAACAUGGACAAGAAACGCGAAAAUAUGAGUGUGAUUAAUGGUUUUGAAAACUGACAAGUUGCAUAAGUGUCUCAAGGGAAAAUAUGAGCUCUGCCCCAGCCUGUAGGUGCUGACAUGUUGCUCUGGGCUUACCUUGAGCAUCAUUGGUAAUUUGCAUUAUGUGUGAUAACUGUACAGGUUUAUGUACCUGUACAGUUGGUGGCUAAAGCUCUCGCUUCACACAGCGACCGUCUGGGUUCGAUUCCCGGCGAGGGUAGAAACAUUGGGCGUGUUUCCUUACACCGGUUGUCUAUGUUCACCCAUCAACAUAAAAUAGUUUAAGGUAAUAUUUGUUACUGGUGCAGCAGGAGGCACAACUUGCUGCCAUCUACACUAUAAAUAGUCCUAUAACUCUCCAACAAGAACAAGAAUAAUAAUUAAGGUUAAUGGGCAGAAGAGAGGACAAGUCUUGCCUCUUGGCACAGUGAUUGUAUCUUGAAAAAGAAGAGAAGGAUUAUGGCAGCUUGGAAUAAUAGUCCUGUAUGGCUAGAAGCUGGAAAUUAACUUGGUAAAAAAAAGUGCAAAAUUACUGGAUGUUUAUUUUUCAAACAAAGCUAAAGAGCAAAAAGUGGCAAAUAUAUUUAACUUUGUCAUUAGCAUCACUAAUUUUAUGCUACAUUUUUCCUUUUAAUACAUAAAGUAUUAGUUACAAUAUACCGAGAAUAUCGUACACGGAAUUCUGUAUGUAAAAAUAAACUUCAUAUGUUAACAACAUGGUAAGUGUUUAGCCUGAAUUCUACUAUAGAAUUCAUGUGAAGCAGAAUGACGCAGAGUGUAAGCACAUGAGCAGAAACUAGAUCCUUCAGUGACUGAAUUAUGCCUGAUAUUUUACAUUGGGUUACCACUUCUUCCCAACACAUGCAGUUUGAUUAGAGAUAUGCCGCUUGAAACUUAAGAUUUAUUCUUUAUUUCCAUUAUGAAGUAAAUAAUCCACCAAUUUCAUACUUUAAGUUAGUUAGCCAUGUCACAACAACUGUUGUUGUAAUUAAAUAUAAAUAAGAAUUCACCCAUAAAGAGAAAUAACUAAGAGCAAAGAAAAUUUAAAUAGCAUAUAGCUCAGCAGUGAAGUAAUUUCUUGUCUUCACUUACAAGAGAGUAGAGCAUUUCAGCUUCAAACACAUAGAAUACUUGUACAGUAAAGCAGUGCUUGUGGACAUUAUAUACACUAUGUAGGCUGCGGGGGCGUUGACCCCCGAAACUCUCUCCAGGUAAACUCCAGGUAAUAGUAACAAUCAUGAUUGGAAGAAUUAUUAAGAUAAUGCCACAUAUAUCACCAUAUAAAAAUUUUCAACUACUUUUAAAACCUAAGUGGCUUAAAUCUUGUAAGUCAAUUAGUUCCUGCACAGAUGAUUUUAGAACAGUUUUCAUUGAUUAUGGUGAUGUCCAUGAAAAGUCCAUAAUUGAUGCCAAAAUUAAGAGGAAGACAAAAUGCUGUCAACAGGGUCCAGUUCUGUCAUUACACACACAGUUUGACAAUAUGUGUCUUCAAAUACAUCAAAAGUUUCAUGGCAGAAAGUCAUACUUACAUGACCAGAAGAGUCUACAUUGCAGCCACAGCUCCCCAGUGUUGUUGCCUUCUGGGACAGUUAUGACUCUAAGUCCACUACCCAUUGCAAAUGUACUCAGCAGUGUUCCAUGUGUAGGACACAUUCAGCAGAAUCGUGGCAUUUGGGAUAUCUUUAAGAAAGCUAACUUUGGAAGUUACACUGUACUUGAUCGUGUCGGAGAAGUUUCAACAGCUCAACAAGUACCUGCCCACAUAACUUGUCCACUAUAUGCUCAGACUGGAGACCCUCCGUUGAGCCCAUCUUCUCCUGAAGUUAAGGCAGAUUGGCAAGUGCAGGCUAUGAGAGACUCCUGUUACUUGGCACGCAGUGUACUCAAUAUUGUUGGAGAAAAUAUUCAGGUGGGCAUAACAACAGAAGACAUUGACAAACUUGUACAUAAUAAAAUAAUUGAGAAUGGUGCUUACCCAUCACCUCUGAAUUAUUUGGGCUUCCCUAAAAGUGUAUGCACCAGUGUCAAUAAUGUAGCCUGUCAUGGCAUACCCGAUGAUCGUCAGCUGGUGGAUGGGGAUAUUAUAUCUGUUGAUGUUACGGUAUUCUACAAUGGUUAUCAUGGUGAUUGUUGUGAGACAUACAUUGUUGGAAAUGUUGAUAAGGCAGGUCAGCGCUUAGUAGAGGCAGCAAGACAGUGCCGGGAUGCAACUAUAGAGAUCUGUGCUCCGGGAGUCCCAUUUACUGCUAUUGGUGCUAAGGUACAAGAGGUUGCUGAUCAGUUAGGAGUAACUGUAGUGCCAUGCUUCAUUGGUCAUGGUAUUGGGGAGUACUUCCAUGGGCCACCAGAUAUAUAUCAUUGUUAUAAUACUUAUCCAGGAUGCAUGGAGGCAGGGAUGACAUUUACUGUUGAACCCAUCAUAGCUCAGGGUAAGGAAGAUGUACUUAUUUUGGAAGACGGGUGGACUGCAGUCAUGUUAGACAAUGGACGAGCUGCCCAGUUUGAACACACAGUUCUUAUUACAGAAGAUGGUUAUGAAAUAUUGACAGAUUAUUAUUAGAAUAGUAUAAUAUAUUUAUGUAAAGUUGAAGAUUGUUAUUACCACUCAAAGGCACUCACUACUGGGAAUUACAGUAUUAAUAUAUUCAUCAGGAUCCACUAAACCAGAUUCACUAAUUAUUAUCCAAGAAAAGCCUUAAACUCACGAAGGUCAUUCAGCAUUUUAUAAAGCUAAAUUUUUACUAUUUUUUUGUAAUUCAUUACUAUUAUCAACAGUGGUUUGGCUAUUUAUCCAUCAUUGUCUAUUAUUAAUAUUUAAGUACGUACUGUUGAACUGUUCAGUUAAGGGUUUUACAAUAAAGUAUGUAAUCUCUUA